AUGGCUCAAAGUGAUGUUGAGGAUGAUUUUACUGAGUCCGUAGACAAUUAUGCUAUGGACGUGGAUGAUUCUAUUGAUAAGACCAGUCUUCAAAGAAGAACAGUAAAUCCGGAAUCCAGUGACGAUGGUGAUGAAGUAAUCCCGUUGCUAAAGGCGAAGAUACGCGUUCAAAGACUUGCGGACAGUUGUAGUGAUUCUGGUAAGACGAUUACACAACACGGGGACGAGUCUCCAUUGAGCGAUGAAGAGGCUAUUUUAUUUAGGAAAAGCACUUUCCAGAACAAUAGCGACAAUAGUAGCGAUAUUUCUACUUUAAAUCAUCAUCCGCAAAAGUCUCGAAUACAAAACGUAUCUAAUGAUGAAGAUUCCGACCCUCAUUCUCUACUAUCCGGCAUAAAAGUAAAAGUGGCAUUAAAAAAUAAAGAGCAACAAACUCGAAUGUCCAAUAAAAGGGGCAAAAUGCGAAACAAGUUCAAAAAGUUGAUUUACUCUAGAGAAAAAGACAACAAUUUAAAUAAAGAUUUGGAAAGAGAUGACAACACUAAAUGUGAUUACGAACGGAUGGACAAUGAAAGUGAAUAUUCUGAAGAGGAUGGUUCAUCAAUUGAGAAACUGAAACAGAAAUUUAAAAAUAGGACAAUGGGAGAACUGAAAAUGUCGAUAUGUGACCCUGACACUUCAGAUGAGGAAACUGAAGCUCCUAAACGAGCGGUGCAGAAAUAUAAGAAAGGUAGAAAAUCUUCAAAAUCUGCUUCUCCAAAGCCUAAGAGGAUGUCAGCUAAACAAGCAAUGGAAAACAUGCAAAAGAUUAAAAGUGAAUCAAACAGGAUGCUUAGGGAGAGGGAAGUAUCUCUACCCUAUCAUAGGCCUAAGGCUCUCUCAUUGAAAGACAUCAUGAGCAGGAGAAAGCCUGCAGUUACUGCUGAUGGGAAAGCGUUUACUAUAAAGAUGAAUGAGGAACAGUUAAGGCAAUAUGCUUUAGCAUUGGAACAGAGGCAAAAAGAAAUAAUGGCACUCUGCAAAAGUGAAUCUGAAGAGGAAGAUUUACUAGAAAAUGAAUUGUGUGAGACGAAAAACCAUAAUGGUAUAAAAGAAACAACACAAACUUGUACUCAAGAUCAAGAUAAAAUUUCAUCUCAGAAUGACAAACUUUAUAAUGAUUUGUGUAAAAUUAAUAGUGAGACUGAAAUGAAAGACCACAUUGAUACCAGUGUCCAAGAACAAAAUUCUGGACGUACGUCUGAUGUUAAUGUCAAGAAAGUCACUAAUUGUAAUGACGAACAAAAAGAUGUUUCUAAGAUGGUAGCAGACGAAAAUAACUCCCAACCUAAAACCUUAACAGAAACUGGCAAUGAAUUUUCUAAUGAUUUGCCUCAAGAAGAGAAUACGUUCGCCGAAAUAUCACUCGUUUACAAUGACUCAGUUGAAGAAAAUCAAACUUAUGUUAAUUUGGAGAAUGUGGCUAAUGAAACAAGUGAUGACAACAUGAAACACCAUGUGCUAUCAAAAGAUCACCUAAACAACGAACUGACAGUUGGAAAUUCGGAAUUGAAUAAGCCUGGUGAUAGCCACGUAAUAUCUCUACAUAAUGAUACAGAAAACCAGAUCUGUGCUGAAACUUUUGCUGCUAUCAGUGAGAAACCUAUCACAGAUGAAAUAAGACAGUCAGAUGAACAUGCCUUUUUUGAUGAUGAUGAUGUCAAUAUGGAAGACAUUGAUAAGUUGAUAGAAAAUGCCGAAAUAAUACAGACCCAACAUGACAUUGUUUCUACAAAUUCUCCUAUGCUUAUGAAGGACACUGAUAAAUUGCAAAUCAAGCCUAAGUUAACAGGAAGACCAGGGAUGCUGAUAGAUCUUGAUGGCACUGAUCCUUGUGGACCUAAGAAGCUGACUGGUGUUGAACUCUUGAAGGAAAGGUUCACAUACUUUGCUCGGCUUAAAACACCUGAAGAGUUGGAACGUGAAAGAGAGAAAAAGAUCAAGCCAGGCACCCAGCAUAUAAAACUAAAACAAGAACUUGAAGAAAAAAUAGCUGAACAACGUUCUCUUGAAUGGGCAAAAAGAUUGGAACAGGAAAAACAAAAUCAAAUGGAUCUAGAUGCUAUCAGAGGCAAUGAUGGUCUCGAUGAUAUCGACAAAAUCGAAGCUAAGCUGGAAGAAAAAGUAUGUAUAGAAGAAGACUCUUCUGAUGAAGAACAGUUUGAAGAAGAAAUAGAACUUGAAGAUAUUAAAGAAAAGCCAAGGAAACACAAUCCACUGAUAGCUGAUGAAGCAGAGGAAUCAGAUUGUGAUGAUAUUGAUGAUGUUCAUAGUGAUGAAAAUGGUGAAAGUGAAGAUGAAGCUGAAGAAGAUGCUGCUAAUGAGGAAGAUACAGAAGAUUCCAGUGAAGAAUCUGACAAUGAUCAGCAGGCCAAACCGAAGAAAGGACGAAUAUUAAAAGCUUUUGAGGAUUCUGAUGAUGAAGAUAUUACUAAUGUUGAUAAAAAUUCAAGACUUGAUAAUAAAAUAAUAGAAAAUGAUGUUUCAAUUAAAAUUAUUAGAGGAAACACUCCAGAAAUUAAAGAGACACAAGAUGAAGAAUUACAAUUAGCUCAAAUGCACAAAUCAUUUUCUGAAGACCUUUUUACAAGUCAAGAGAGUGAACUGAUUACAUCUAGCCAGAAAACCACUAAUGCUGCUGUGAGUGGUAGAUCGUGUGAUGAUAAAGAUUUAGGCACUCAAACAUUUUCUAUAUUGGAUACAACCAAAGCUGUUACUCAUUUAGAUAUACCAGUGCCUGGCCAAUUAAAUAUGGGGUGUGAUACAGAGGCUUAUGAAGAUGAGGAAAAUCAAACAAAAGCUAUAGAAAAUAAACUACUCACAUCUCUACUUGAAGAACUAAAUGAUCCUGAAUUAAAAUCGAUAAAACCACAUAAGUAUUUCCCUAAUAAUGACAAUCAAGGUAAAGAGAAUGCACAGAAUGUAGCAAAUAUUCAGUUCAAGAAAAAGUUUAUUAUUGAUUCUGAUGAUGAAGGAAAUGGCAGAGAGGAAGUGGUUAAAAAAAGGAAGAAAUUAAAAAAGAAAAAAAUUGAACAGCGUGCGCUUCAGAUAUCUGACGACGAGGAAGAUGAAGAAGAAAGCAUGUCCGAAAUCGAAGAAGACCCUGUGAGAAUUGUAGAAUAUGAUUCUGAAGAAAAUGAGGUGGAAGUCUUGCCACAACAGCCUAAAAAGAAGCGUAAAGUAGCGGAUUUCUUUGAACAAGAGGCCGAACUGACAUCAGAAGACGAAUGGGCAGGGUCAGGGGAUGAGGACGAGCGCGGACUGGAUAGAAUGGAACGCGAAGAUGGUGACGACGACACCUUCAACCAAACGAUAUUGCAAAGGGAAUUGGGACAGAUACACAUGCGUGACGUCCUCGAUCAGGACAAGCGUGAAGUAAGGCUGAUACAGGAAUUGCUGUUUGAAGAUGGCGACCUAGGCGGCGGAGGACGACAAAGGAAAUUUAGGUGGAGAAAUGCAGAUGGCGAAGAAGGAACGGACACUGUGUACAAUGAGUUAGCGAGCACGCAGGAGGACGAAUUCGAGUCGGAGGAACAGUGGAGGAAACAGAGGCAUGAGAGAGAAAUGUUCUUGAAGCAAAUGCAACAACAACAAGAAGAGAACAACUUAAAUGCAAGCGUGAAUAGAACAACGAUAAUCAAAGCCAACCUGAACUCGAAGACUAUGUCUAGUUUACUUCUAGAAGUAAACAGUAGUAAAACUGAAAGUGAAAGCCCUGCUCCAGUGCUUGAAAAAAAAUCUAGUAAGGAUGUACCUAAUCCAAAGAAACCCUUGGCCAUAUACCAGCAAAGUUAUCACGGAUCCCUCUUAAAUCGUGGCCGGGGCGCCCUAGCGCGUCUAGCUGCCCUGGCGACGCCACUGGCUGUAGACGAUGACGCGCCAAAGGUCAGCUCCCUCGCGCCCUCCAGCAAAAGGAACUUUGUCUUCGCCGCUGUUACUCCUGACCAAAAAGAACCUAAGAUAGCAAAAAGGAAAGCCGAAACAAAUGUUGAUACGCCGCGACUUGUGAAGAAAAUGAGAACACAAGAGGAACAGGAAAAAUUAUUUCCGUAUGCGGAAGAGAACGUGAAAGAAUUCCUGGACAGCCAAUGGGAGACCGAGGAUGUGAAGGAGGUUGUGUCGGCCCUCAGGAAGUUGUCGCUUGAAGACCAGGAGAACAGCGUUGAGGGCGUCGUAGUUAUUCCAGGAGAGGAUGCCACUAAGGAAAAUCAGAUUGAAGGUGUGGUAAAGAAUGUGAAGUGGCAGAUGUCGGCGGACCGCAAGGUGGGCGCGCUCAAGCAGCUGCAAGGGCUGAUCUGGAAGCAGGGCUACGAUCGCGGCGAUAUUAAGGGCCACGUAUACGACGACGUGUUACCAGCUCUCGAGCAAUGGUGCUCAUCGGACGAGCAGAAGGUGUACAUUUACUCUUCAGGCUCCAUCCAGGCUCAGAAGCUGCUCUUUGGACAAUCCUUGGCUGGAGACUUGCUGCGCUUCAUCGAUGGGCAUUUUGAUACCGCGGUGGGACCCAAGCAGGAUCCCAAAAGUUACGAGAAUAUUGUCGAGAAGAUUGGCUGCAAACCUGAAGAGGUUUUGUUCUUGACAGAUAUUGUGAAAGAGGCUGAAGCUGCUCGCUCCGCAGGGCUUCACGCGGCAUUAGUGUGCCGCGAAGGCAACGAACCCAUUGAUGCAGAGGUCAAGGCCUCCUUCCCCAGUCUGCACAGCUUUGCCGAACUGACAGUGUCCAACAAGCGCAAACCGGAACCUCAGGAAGAAGAAAUGCCAGCCAAAGUUGCGAAGACUAAUGUGAAAAGUGAUGUGAAAACCGUUCCUGCUGUACCUGAGCCUACUGAUCCUCUAAAAGCGACGGAAAAAGUUGAAAACAUGGAGGUAGAAGAUGUUCCUACUGUUGAACCUAAGGUCCACAAGGAAGAAAUCAUUGUCGAAGAAGUGGCCGAUUCGAAUGAGUCGGCGCCGGUUGUCGACAUGGAACCGAUUGUCGAAGAAGCGAUGGAGGAGAAAGUGACAAAAGUUGAAGAGAAACAGACCGAGAAUGAAGAGUCAAAAGAACCUGACUCUGCGGCCAAAAAUGAGAACUUCGGGCAGCCUGCCGCUGACGGUAUUACAAUCGAUACUGUCAUCACCGAGGUCGAUGAGUCAAAUGAGGCUGAGGAGCUUGAAGAAGUAGCUGAAACAAUUGACGAUCUCGAACCAAUCGUUGACGAACCACCGCCCGUUGAAGAUAUGGAAGAGUUGCAAAACGUUGGCGAUGUUUUGGAAAAAGAAUGCGAUGAGAUACUUUCGAAGGUUCAAGGAGUCACUAACUUAGAUAACAUUCCGAUAAAGCCACUUUUGAAUCCCAUCGUUGAAGAAAAUAUGGAAACUGAGAAUACAGACUCGAACGAUAUUGUCGAUAGGAUUUUAGACACUGAGUUGGACCUCGAAAUGAAACAAUGUGCAGAUAUCGAUUUAAACACAGUUACAGAAAUUACUGAAGAGACAAAGACUGAAUCUGAAGGAGAGAAGGUCGUGAAUGAAGCUAGUCCCAUAGAUACUAAUUACAUUGCGAAGGUUACGAAAAAUGUUGAAACCGUGGCCGACGAAAAAUUAGAAGGCAGUCCCAAAGAAAGUAAAGGGGAAGAAGUUACAACGGAGGUGCAGACAGAAGCAGAAAAAGCAACGGCUGCGGAAAAUGACGAACCUGUCAAAACGGAUGAUAACAACAUAGUUGCUGAAGAGUCAGUUCCGGUGAAAGAAGAUAGUUCCGAGGCAAAUGGUGUUGCGGAUACUGUAGAUGCGAAAGAAGAAGCUGUCACUGAAGAAGUAAAACUCGCAGAAGAGGUGUCCCCUACGGAAGGUACUAAGGAUGAAAUUAAAGAACCUCAAUUAAACGGCAAAACGACAAACGGCGAUUCUAAGGUGGACAUAAAUGGCGAUGUCAGCAAAGAUGAAGAAGUGAAAUCGCGACUAACAGAAAACGGCUUGAUUAACGCCAACGGAGACUCGAAGGAAACAGACAAGGAACAAGGAGAUUGUAAGGUGGACACCGAGGCAACUGAAAUUAAAGUAAAGACAGUUUCCAGCGACGAGCCUCGUACUGAUCCCAUAGAGCAACCUACAGAAGCAUAAAUGUUUGUGUCUCUCGGUCGGGUGUAGAGGGACGUCGCGGCGAUACUGGAUCACAUCAGAAGAUUGACUAAGACUGAGGUUGCUUCCACGCAUUGACAUCACUUCCUAGUUUAUAUGUGUAUUGAAUUAUUGAAAUUCACUGUGUACCACGCGGUGACGACAUGGCGUGUGCUCAAUAAAUUGUAAAACAAAAAAUUAGCC